UAUGGUUUUCAUUUUAUUAUUUCAUUGUCUACUGACAAACAAUUGAUUUUAAAUCUUACGGUGAUAUUAAUUUUCUUGAUAACAAAAUCACCUCCCAUCGAAUCUGUGACCAAACUAUUCCUCUAAAAGUUUAACCAAGGAUUCAUUUACAGCAAUCGCAUCGUGAACAAUGAAGGGAGAAGGUGGCUGGUGAUGUGCCCACGAGUUUCCUGUUAAACCUUUAUAGUGCAACAGGUAGCAGCGUGACCAUCUUGUGGCUUUCCAGAAAAUAACAUCACAACCAGUUACCGCAAAACAUAAGGAGAGCUAUACAAAAUAGUGCCAAUUCUACCAAGGCGAACGAGUAUGAAAACUCAAUGAAACCCACCUUGAUAUUUCUGUUGCUGGAGUCCUGCAUACUUCUGGUGGCGCAGAAAGUUUAUGAUUAUCUGGGCUGCUGGAAAGACAACAACUCUAUUCCACAAAUAAGAUUCACCCCGCCAGAACAACAGUCAUAUAUUUUACUACUGCGCCAGUGUUCUAAAGCUGCUUACUCUCGCGGGUUUCCAGUGUUUGGAGUUGUGAACAACUCAGCAUGUGUGGGCAGUGUUCAUGGAGCACUUACCUACAUGCGGUAUGGCACCUCCACUAAAUGUCACAAUGGCACAGGGGGACUCAAUGCAAUGGAUGUUUACAGCUUGGAUGGUAUGACCGGAAGCAAGAGUCUCUUUUAUGAAGAGGACCAAGAGAAGAGAAAUUUCAUAAGUGAUUUGUAUAAUUCUGCUUAUGGAGAUCAUGUGUCAAAUAAUGUUAUGGGCGCGUUAAACAAUGCCUUGAAUCAAAACACGGUCAUUCCUGCAAAUGCGGCGCGUCACCCACUGGUUAAGAAUGGUCGAGUCAAGCCACUUAUGUUACAGCCUCUAUUUAAGGAGAUUGACGAACGUGACUUUGGAGCAUACCGACCGCCAACUGGUGGCAUCAACAUUCUCACCAACCCAGGAUUUGAACAGCCACUGGUAAAUGACCCAAUAAAGGGAUGGAGCUGCCAAGGUGAGACAGAUGAUCCUCGUGGAGGUUAUAUCGCCCGAUACAGUCGGCAACGACCCAAAGAAGGAAUACAUAGCGGUAUAUGCCUUGCUCGUCUCUCUGAAUGGGCGGGACCUGGCCAGUACAUAGGCAACAGAGUUUUGCCAGGACGCGUCUACAAAUUUAUGGGAUGGACGAGACUUCUGGACCGUAAAAAAACUGGGGAUGUUCAUAGCCUUGAGUUAUGGAUACGCUUCAAGAAAAGGGGAGAUAAAAAACAAAAGAGCAAGCGUCUUGCUAAGAGGACAAAAUAUUCCCAAGAUUAUGGCUGGGUCCGUUGGCAUACUGCAUUUGAAAUGCCAGCGGCUAAGGCAGGCUUCCAGUACAUGUUCAUUUACUUUAAGGGUCCCAAACCUACAGUUGACAUUUUGUUGGACGACUUGUAUCUCGGUGAAGUUCUUCAAAGACCUGACUGGAAAGAACACAGCGAUGCUCAUAUUGAUAAGUACAGAAAAAGAAAUGUGAGAUUAAGAGUAAAUAUCCAAGGCACACGAUAUUCUGCGGACUUUCUUCAAAACCUACAGAUUACACUAAGACAAAAAUCCCAUCUGUUUGCAUUUGGUGCGGCUGUUAACAGCAAUUUCCUGUUACAUAAACCAAAAUAUCGCGAUUUCUAUCUCAAAAACUUCCAAUGGGCAGUGUUGGAGAGUUCUCUGAAAUGGAGUUAUGUCGAACCUACUCUGGGCUCUUUCAACUACAAAAUUUCAGACGAGGCUGUAGAUUUCCUGCAAACGCACAACAAACUGAUUCGUGGCCAUUGUGUGUUCUGGGCAGUUGAUACAGAAGUUCCUUUUUGGGUGAAGAACCUCUCAAAUACCCAACUGAAGGAAAUACUGAAUGAGAGAUUAAAUAAUCUCCUUGGAAGAUAUCGAGGACGUUUUAUGCAGUGGGAUGUCAAUAACGAAAUGCUGCACGGAUCAUUUUUUGCGGAUCGUGAAGGUGUCACCAUUCGUGAUUGGAUGUACCAAGCAGCAGCCCGGGCAGAACCGGAUGUUGAUCUCUUUAUCAAUGAUUUUGAUGUGGUAGAAAAUGGCCAACUGACUCAGGCUUUGUUGGAGGAGGCCAAGGAUUUGCUAUUACGCGGCAUUCCGCUGGACGGAAUUGGAGUUCAGGGCCAUUUCACUGGUCACGUGAAUCCUUCGCUACUUCAGUAUCGCCUUAACAUGCUAAGUGAAGCCAGGAUUCCAAUAUGGUUGACAGAGGUCGAUGUUCUUGAAAAAGACCCUGUGAAAAGAGCGGACAGCCUGGAAACCGUCAUGCGCACUGCAUUUAGUACUCCUGGCGUUCAAGGUUUGAUUCUGUGGAGUUUCUGGGACCAUAGCUCAUGGAGGGGACCGUAUACUUCACUUGUUGAAGGAAACGAUUGGAAGAUUAAUGCCGCUGGUUUACGUUACCGCAGUCUUCUGAAACAAUGGACUACGCAUCUCGCAAUAUCAGCGACAUCUAUUGACCAAUCAGAUGCCUACUUUGACUUUCGUGGUUUCCUGGGAGAUUAUGAGGUAUUCCUGCAUCUUCCCAAUGGGCAGAAUGUCACUCACACCUUUACGCUGGAUCCUGGGAAUGGUCAACUUCACAUUAAUGUCCCCCUGCCAGUUUCUACCAUAGUUAAGAGCAGUUCGCAGGCUGCGUCGAAGUUUCCGACAGAUGCACAUUUUACACCAAACGCACCUCAGUUCACCUUCAACCAGGUCCAACCAGGUUUUAAAGAUUUCAGUGAUGAAGACGAGCAAGAGAAGGACGACGAAUUUCCGGAAUCCAAAGAAGUUUCUCAAUCUAAACUUACUGAUACCUUUAGAUCCUCAAUUGGGGCAUAUGUAGGUUGUUUUCACAACUCUGAUCCUCUACAGCAACUGAAGCACAGGUAUGAGGGACACCCAGCUAUGGUUCCAGACAUCUGCGUGGAUCACUGUGGUUCUAACGGCUUCACUUUUGCUGGUUUAUUAAUGGCGUCUGAGUGCCUCUGUGGAUUUUAUUUCAGUAGGGAAUCAAAGGUCAGAAAUGAGGAGUGUAUGUUACCGUGUCAAGGAGACUACGAACGCAGCUGUGGUGGACAAAAAUACAUUGCAAUUUAUUCAACAAGUUAGGUGUAGAAUGCAUUUUUUGUGAAGUGUUCACUGAAGAGAACGUGAUAAGAGCUCCGGAGUAGUCAGCCAAGCUCAGUAUUUUUUAUGUUUGGAGAAUCGGAGAUGUUAAUUACUUUUUGUGGGAAUAGUUUCAGAGAUGAAAUCAAGGAAAAACGUUAAGCUUUUUUACUUUUUUCGUGAGAGCAAGAAGGUUACCGCCUCUUUUGAGAUGUAGAUUUUUCCACUCCUAAAGCGAUUGUUCUCUGAGUUCUUCCAAUGGCCGAUUAGAUGAUUCUCGUAGCUAAAAAUUGAUAAUAACCGCACGGUUUUAUACUACGUGGGAUUGUCAACUUUGAUUUUGGAUUAAUGUAUAGGUUUCAUUGACGAUCCUUGAAUUUCAUGUCGAGACUCUCUUCAUGUAUAUAACAUAAUGAACACUUACACAGUACGCAUCGUCUGAUUGGUCUAUUCAGUUUUCAAGCGGAUGCUUUAUCAGGUUUUAGAGCCCGCCUGUAACUAGUUAUGUCAUAAAAGCAGUAGAUCGCAUUUUUCUGGGCUCUAUUAAGUGAUAAAGCAACUUGGGAUGUUGAGUUCACCAUGGUGAGUAAAUUAUUUUUCACAGGAAGCUUUACAAUGUUUGCUAAAUAACCUUGAUCCUUUUGAAAAUCCCUUCUUGAAAGAACAUGAUUUAUUUGAUAUAAUCAACAGAUAGGGUAGUUAAUAGAGAACUCACGAUGCAUGUGAUUCAGGGCUUGUGUUAUUUCUAUGUCCGCUGCCCCCAAAAAUCCAGACAAGGAUCUUUAUAAACUUAAUAUGCUCGGAUACAUGUAGUUGCUGUUAUAACAGAAGUGAUACCAACGCCACUUGCUCCGUUUCAGUUAUCACAAUGCAUACUUCCUUCGCAGAAACAACUUACUUGAUGUUCACUCAGACGAAUGGCUAACGUCCGAAACGUCAGCUUUUAAACCUGUUACGGUAGCCAAUUUACAUUAUCAACUUAGUUGAUAAAACCAAAUUAUCUUGUUCCCCGCACAGACGAAGAAACCUACCCUCUUUAUUUACUUGAUGUGCAAUUGAGGAAAUCAGACAAAAACAUCAGAAAAAAAUGACUAGAGAAAAUCAUCUAUUCUCUCUUUCUUCUCUCUCUUUGUUAUUCUUUAUCGUCAAAUUUUCGAGUCCCGUUUAAUUGUAAAUAUUUCUAUUAUUUUCAAGAGGUUCUCAACUCCUAUUCAAAAGCAAUCGCCACUUACACAUUUGCACAUCACCAUGCGAUAAUAAAGACAAUUGAAGAGUAAACUUCUUUCUGUGCUUUGGAAACCCAAAGAAUAUUUAAUGAGAGAGUGCAAUGUAUGAUUAACAUAAGAGUAAUACAGAUUAUGGAAAACCUGGAUGCUUUGCUGAUUUCCCUCCUUUGAAGGCAUUGCACGCGUUUAAGAUUUGUUGCAAGGAUGGUUGCAAGAGCGGGGACGACAGUCAAGUGUGAGUCCUGCUUGAUCAUUAUAAAUGAAACCUUGAAAUUCGCAGCAGAAUUGUUAUCCUUCAUCGACAGGGAUCA